CUCAUUCCCUUCCUUGUAGGUCGCUGGCCGGGUGGGGGCUGAGGAGCCCAAUGGCUGUGCGGGGCAGGGAUGCCAUCGCCUGGUACCAGAAGAAGAUUGGAGCCUAUGACCAACAGAUAUGGGAAAAGUCUAUAGAACAGACUGAGAUGAAGGGCUUCAAAAACAAACCCAAAAAAAAGGGCCACAUACAGCCUGACCUGAUAGAUGUUGACUUAAUCAGAGGCUCCACGUUUGCCAAAGCCAAACCUGAAAUCCCAUGGACAUCACUCACGAGGAAGGGAAUUGUGCGGGUCGUGUUUUUUCCAUUAUUCAGCCAUUGGUGGAUACAGGUGACAUCCCAGCGUAUUUUUAUGUGGCUUCUGGUGCUUUACUUCAUGCAAGUUACAGCACUUGUGUUGUAUUUCAUGAUACCUGUUGUGAGUGCAAGUGAAAUCAUUGGACCAAUGUGCCUUAUGCUACUGAUGGGAACUGUUCACUGUCAGAUCGUGUCCACUCAGAUCAACAAACCCCAAGGAGCCAAUGGAAGCAGCAGGAAAAGGAGAAAGUUACGCAAACCUGUGGGUAGUGAUGGGAGCAGAGAUGGUGGCAGCUGGUCUUCCUCUGACAAAGCCAAUAAAGGAGACAAGAGUUUGGAACCUACAUCCUUUAUCAACAAUUUCUUUGGCAUGUUCUUCCGCAGGAGGUUAAGGAGGGUGAAAUUGGUAGCAGAUAAAGGGACUGAAACUGAAGGUGGUGUGAGCUCUGUCUAUAGUGACACCAAGCAUGGACUGCCCAGAUCUGAAUAUAGGCUGUUGCAUUUCAAAGAGAAAGAGACACUUUCAGAUGGGCCAAAAAGUCAUCAGGAUGGUUGCACACAGAUUGGCACCAUUUCUGAUGAGCUGUCAAGUGAGGAGGACACGGAAGCCAUGGCACAGAGGAUUUUGUUACGCAGAAGUGUAGAAGGGGCAUCCAGCGACAAUAGCUAUGAAGGCAAGAAUAGGAGACCUCUUAUUUCUUCAGACCAGUCAGUUUUGCAGGUCAAUCAAGCCAUUAAAGGUACCAGAGAGUCUGAUAGUGUGGCAGAAUCUGAACUAGACUCAACAGCCUUUAGUCAGGAAUCAAGGUCUUGUUUUAGCAGUGGGUCCCGGAGCUGCAGCGUAUCUCGGAGAGACUCUGAAAGCACCCGCCAUGACUCCGAGACAGAGGAUAUGCUCUGGGAUGACCUUCUGCAUGGGCCAGAGUGCCGUUCUUCCUACACCAGUGACAGCGAGGAAGGGAAUGUAAAAGGAAGUAAACGGGACUUGAAAGAGGAUGUUUUCCAACAGAACCAUUUGUUCUGGCUUCAGAAUACAAGCCCUGCAUCUGCAAAAGUAAGUGCCCUGAUCUGGGAAGGAAAUGAGUGCAAGAAGGUGGACAUGUCUGUGCUGGAGAUCAGCGGGAUCAUCAUGAGCAGAGUAAAUGCCUAUCAGCAGGGAGUAGGCUAUCAGAUGCUGGGUAACCUUGUCACCGUUGGGUUAGCGUUUCUUCCUUUCCUCUACCGGCUCUUCCAUACAAAGAAUCUUGAACAGCUGCGAUCCAUUUCAGUGUUGGAGCUUUUGAAUAUUUUUUGUGGCGCUCCUAUCAUCACCCCUGUCAUCAUCUUGGCUGUGAUUAACUUCUUUGAGCGUCUCUGCCUGACUUGGAUGUUUUUCUUUAUGAUGUGUGUUGCUGAGAGAACAUACAAACAGAGGUUCUUGUUUGCCAAGCUUUUUAGUCACAUAACAUCUGCUCGGAAAGCCAGGAAGUAUGAAAUCCCCCACUUCAGACUCAAGAAAGUGGAGAAUAUUAAGAUUUGGUUAUCGCUGCGUUCUUAUCUAAAGAGGAGAGGCCCCCAACGAUCUGUGGAUGUAGUUGUAUCUUCAGUCUUUUUAUUGGCUCUAUCAAUUGCUUUCAUAUGCUGUGCACAGGUUUUAAAAGGCCACAAAACAUUCCUGAGUGCAGCUUACAACUGGGAAUUCCUGAUCUGGGAAACAGCUCUGCUGCUUUUUCUGCUGCGCCUGGCAUCACUGGGCUCGGAAACCAACAAAAAAUACAGUAAUAUUUCAGUCCUGCUCACUGAACAGAUCAACUUAUACCUAAAAAUGGAAAAGAAGCCAAACAAGAAGGAACAGCUUUCUCUCGUGAACAAUGUUUUAAAACUGUCCACAAAGCUACUAAAGGAGUUAGAUACACCAUUUAGACUCUACGGCCUGACUAUGAACCCUUUAAUCUACAACAUCACACGAGUUGUGAUCUUGUCUGCCAUCUCAGGUGUUAUAAGUGAUCUUCUUGGCUUCAAUAUCAGAUUAUGGAAAAUCAAAUCCUGAACUGGCCAGCUAUCAAGGCUCAGCCUUCUCAAUGGUGGAUGGAUUAUCAGAAGGGCACACUGGAUAGAGCAAGACAUUGGCUUGAGGCAGAGGUGGUCCUAAAUUUGGGCACAUUUCUUACACAUGUGUGUCUUAAAGAGGUUCUCUCACAUUGUUGAGUUUCAGAGCCUAUAGAAUAAACUAGUUUAAUUUGUAUGGGUGGCCCAGGACUUGUAAACUAAGUAAACAAAACUUGAUUGCUCUGUCAGCAGAGCCACACUCUUGUAAGGCCAUAUCCCUAUUAAGUAAGGGCAUCAAAACAGUAGGAAAAUAGUGUGGGAAUCUGCAUAAAACAGCUUGCAUGUCCCUGGCCUUGUUAAAGCCCAUUUGUAUAUGGAUUGACCAGUUAGUGCAGCAGACUGGCUUUGUUACACAGUGAAGGUGCGGAGGCAGAUCUCCAUUUGCUCUGCUAACAUGAGACCUUAAUUUCACUGCAGUGAGUCAGUAAUGUAACGCCCAAUUACUGCUUUGUUGUAAGCAAGCUCUUCAUUUGUUAAAAUAUGGUUUUAAGGCCUGGACAUGAGAACUAGCUUUGCUAAUAACUAUGCAGGCUAAAUGCAUUACAGCUGAGCAGAACAUUACAAGUACUUAGGGGUAGAUUUCAAAAUUCUUCUCAAUUGAUGCCUUUUUAGUUUACAUAUUAGAGCUCAUCCCUGUUGCUCUUUCUUUCAGCUACAGCUUCCUCCAGGGCCCUAUUUGAUAGACAGGUGCAUGUAUGUAGUAUUUACUUUAAGUCACAUGUUCAUUAAAUGCCUCCAGGCUGCAGAGGCAAAGUCCGCUUUGGACUUUGCCCCUUUUUCCUGAGUUACUGCAACCUUUUAUGAAAGUAAGUCCACCCAAGAUAACUAUUACCUCCUAUGGCACUUAGCAGUUAAGGCUUUCAGUUUCACAACAUUAAAGCCACUCAGGUGCACAUGCUGGAAGAGAUGAUAGUUUUCAUAUAAUUGUUCUUCAAAACUCAUUACUCUUGAAUGAUAAGACCUAAUAGAACAAGCAAAGCAUGCUCCAGGAGGGAAUAUGAUAACACUUGUUUGCUAGGACUGGUCAAUCUAUAAAGUAUUAACAUAUAAAACACCUUUUUACCAGGCUGCUGGCAGCUAGAAAACAAUAAGUAACAGCUACAUGUAACACUUAAAUCUUUGGUAAUGACUUGAUUAUAGAGCUUUGAGGUGGAUUAAUACAGUAGUGAAAGCAUUCUGGAAAAUAUUAAUGCUUUCUACUUCUAUAGUGCCUUACCUUUCUAAUACAGGUAAGUAUUCACAGAUGUGGAAGAACAGAAGAAUACGCUGUUCUAACGCACAGCCUCCUGAAAGUAUAGCUGCUUUUUAUGCAACACUACUGAUACCGCGCCUUGGACAAAGGAGUAAAUGGGGCUCUAUGGUAAGGACUGACUGAAAAUGAGAGAGAAGGAGGAAUGUGAUAACCUCCCUUUCAGUAUGAGAGCUGUAACAAUCUUCACAAAUGGCACAAGGAAAGAAGUCUCCUGAGGAGAAAUUGUGCUGUAAGUGCAGCUUGUGUUUUCCUCACACUGGUUUCUAAUAAAUUAGGAAAUAGUAAGUAACUCAUUAGAUUAAUAUUGCCAAAGAAAAGGAUACCUUAAACUCCACUGUUCCAUCUCACACCAUAAAGGGACAAUGACAUAGGUCACUUUUUGUAGUAAAUUGUUUAUGCAAAGCUAUUUUCUGUACAAUGAAAAGAAGUAAAAAUGUAAAAAGUGACAUUUUAAAAUACAAAUAAACCCAUGGCAGCAAACUACAUCAAACAGUUGUUACUGUGUUUUGCAGAACUGUGGUUGAGCAUGCUUUACUCAAAGGAGGCAAGGUAAUUUGCAGACGACAAAUGAAAUUUCAGUGGAAAAUAUGGAUGUUUAUAGGUAAACUGGGCUGUUUAGCUAAGGCAGUCUGGUGUCAUUGUAAAAUGAUAGACCACUAACAUUUUACAGUACAAGAAUGAGCAGGCUCUGAAUGGGAGUUUCUUUUUAAUAUAUCUAUAUAAAAAAUAAUGAGCAAUUUACAGGUCUCUAGUCAGAAUCUCAGAAGUAUAUAUAAAGGUGCUGUACAAUAUAUAAACAUUUACAUCCAGUACAUCCAUCUGUUGCCUAGCAUUCCAAGGCCACAUUGCUAAGUCAUCUUAUACAGUAAGUACAGAUACAAGUUUUUUGGAAAAGAGACUCACAAACAGAGGACACCAAAUCUGGUCACAAUGUUAACAAUUAGAAAACAGCAUUUGGAUGGAUGGGUACUUAACCAUUUCAAUGGUGCUAAUUCAUCAUAGUAUUACUUUCUCUGAAUUUGGUACUAUACUCAAUGGUUAGAACAGGUGCAUACAACUCUUACUGAAGAGAGGAUCCCACAGGUUUCAGUCAAGAAUACAGGAUUAAUAUCUACAUAGGCUAACUCAAGUAUAUCACAAUCAUACUUUACAAUAUUGAGGAUUUUGUACAUUUUAUGCUACAGCAAACUGAUGGAUUCAUAAUGUGAAGCAGCAAAGGACAGAGGUGCUUGAGAAUCUAUUUUAGAACUGUUCAUUUAGGCCUGCUGCUGAGUAGUUGUCUAUUUCUAAAGUCUUUAACUUAAAUUUAAAUUGAUUUUUUCAAAUUGAGUGAGGCUAAUUGAGACUUAACCAUUAAAAAUAGAAAAAGAAAUGUUAUAAGUUGUCAAUCUAACAUGAGGGUCCAGGCAACUGAUCUGGACUUGCCUUACCUUUUUUUGGCUCUGCUUUUGUGAACCUGUCUGGCUCCUUUAACUGCCUGAUUUGCAGUCAUUGAGAACCUAGCACAUAUCAGGAAAUCAAAUCCAUUAAGAAUGCUACUGAGUAAGUUAUUUCCUGAAACUUCUGCUGACUGCUAUUCCUAUAGGUAAUUACAUGACUGAUAUACAAAUAUCUUGUUUAACAUUCCUCAAUUUUACUUAAAUACAUAUUUUAAAGCCCAAACCAUAGAUAUUAAAUCUCAUGUACCCUGUAUGUCAUCUAUUUCUCACUCAAAAAAAAAAAAAAAA